AUGAACGGCGUGGGCGCCAACAAGACGCACCAGCACAUGCGCGCCGGCGGCGGCCUGCCCCCGACGCUGCCGGACCCGCGGCCGGCCGGAGACGCCGACGCCGAGCCGGCGGCCGGGGAGGCGCGCUACGAGCUGCACGAGUACGGCUACGGCAAGAACUACGUCAAGCUGCUGCACGUCAAGCGCGACGGCGCCACCCACUCGAUCCGCGAGUACGAGGUCAACACCCACCUGCGCCUCAACUCGAAGCGCGACUACCUGGCCGGCGACAACCGCCACAUCAUCGCCACCGACACCCAGAAGAACACCGUCUACGUGCUCGCCAAGAAGCACGGCGUGGAAUCACCGGAGGACUUCGGGUUGCUGGUGUGCAGUCACUUCCUGUACACGUACCGACACGUGGAGGAGGUCUCCGUACACGUGGAGGAGUACCCCUGGGAGAGGCUGCAAUCCGACGAGCGGCCUCACAACCACGCCUUCAUCUUCUCUCCCACAGCCUACAGGUUCUGCACCGUCACGCAGGCCAGAAACGAGCGGCCCAAGAUAAAGGGCGGGCUGCGCGACCUGCGUGUCCUCAAGACGACGCAGUCAGCCUUCAAGGACUUCAUCCAGGACGAGUACCGCACGCUGCCCGACGCCAAAGACAGGAUCUUCAGCACCAUCGUCAGCGCCACAUGGGACUACUCCACCGCCAACGGCGUCAACUUCGACAAAGUCUGGGACGCGGUGAAGGAGUGCAUCCUGGACAAGUUCGCUGGACCGCCGGACUCCGGCAUCUUCUCGCCGUCUGUGCAGAACACUCUGUAUCUCACAGAGAAGAUGGUGCUCGACAAAGUCCAGCAGAUUUCGCAGAUCGAGAUGUGGAUGCCCAAUAAGCACUACUUCACGAUCGACCUGAGCAAGUUCCCGCGCAGCAUCGUGGGCAGCGACAACAAGGAGGUGUACGAGCCGGUGGAUAAGCCGUCCGGCAUCAUCCACGCCAAGCUCGCCCGCAAGGAUCUCAAGGCCAAGCUGUGACGUCACCGCCGAUAGCGACGCGAGCGCUUCUUGGCACUAUGCUCGAAUUUCAAAGUGC